UUGGCCCUUCGUCAAACUGGCGCGCCUGCGUCGCAGAAUAAUGACGUGGUCGCCGCCUGGCAAAUAGUGGUCCCAGCUGUGAUGCCUCCGGUCAUGUCUCAGAUUGGUGAUCCGAAGAUUGCCUUUGCUUACCUGCGACCGGCCUGUGUCCUGCUCACCCGAGAGCCCACGGUGACCAAUGUAGACGCGCUGAGCGGGCAGCUGAAAGACGUUAACGAUGCCACGCUGCAGCAACUCCAAGAGUAUGUCCUCUUCCCUCUUCGCUUUGUUCUUAAAGUCCCCGGGCCUAGGAAGGAGAAGCUGGUGCAGGCAGUGGCCGAGGCCAUUAGCUACGUUCUGGAGAACACCUGUGUCCAGAGCUGGGAGACGCUCCGUGACCUCUUCUCAGAGCUUUGCCUCUGCCUCUGCUCGCCCGCCGACCCGGGAAAACCUGCAGACGCAUCAGAGGAGCUGAAAACGGCGGUGCUGAGGUGCCUGGACGCUCUGCUUCACGCCGCUUAUGGGGACAUAUUCUUCAGACUCUAUGAGCCUGUCAUGCUCCCUGGACUGGGCGCUGCCAUAUCGCUGCUGCUGGCAUUAGGGGAGAAGGAGAGAUCUCGGGAUAUACAGGUGGCUGCCCUGAAGUGCCUCCAGACUUUGACCCUGCAGUGUGACUGCACUCAGGAGCACGUGGUUCCAUCCUCAGAUGAGCGGCGCUCUGUGGGCAACACCAUGGCUUCCUUCUUGCCCGGGAUAACUGUGGCUGUUGCAAGGAUCAUCACAGGAGAUUUAAGACAAGGCCACUCAGUCACAGUCAGAGCGAUGAAGGUGUGGUCCAGUUCUGUGGGGCUGGUCAUGGAGGAUGUACAGCUGCAGACCAAAGAGUCCUCCACGUCCCCCUCCCCAGACCUGGGCCGGGUCGGGCAGCUCGUGGUCCGACGGACGCCAGAUUGGGUGAAGAACACGGCGGGGAAACUGUCUUUGCUGCUGCAGAAGAUAAUCUCCUGCACUUCAGCCCACCUGCACUGGAGAGUAAGACUGGCCUUAGUGGAGCUGGCUGACUUCCUGCUGGCCGGGUGUGGUCAGUCACUACAAGAGUGUGUGGGGCCGCUGCUGGAGGCCCUGGUGGGAGCCGUCAAUGACGAGGAACCCAGAGUCCGAGAGAGGUGUGAGGUUGCUCUCAGAGAAGUUUCACAGAGGAAUCGGGGAACCGGUCAACAGAGCAGCGGCAGUCAGACGUUCACCAGCGUCCUGUCGGAGAAUCUCCACGCGUUAGCCACCUCCCUUCCCAGGCUGAUGAGGACCUCUGACGACCAGAAAAAGCUGUUUGUCCUGAAUGUGUUUCUGGGGUACAUUAAAGUUCUUGGACCGCUCGUCUCUGUGGUGCUGAACUCCGCUGCACAUCUGGAGAGGAUUUCUAAGGCCUUGAUGCAGGUGUUGGAGCUGGAUGUGAUGGAUGUUCGUAUCGUAGAGGAAAGGAGUUACUCCGGUACCAUGGAGACAAACUCAGACUCCUGCACUGCUCACAUACAGAGGAAGCAUUUUCUCUACUUCACCGACGAGAAGAUCUUCAGCGUGCUCAUGGAGAUCUGUCGAACGUUAGGUUACUAUGGCAACAUCUACCUGCUGACUGAUCACCUCCUGGACUUGUACCGGCAGUCGUCGGCGUACAGAAAGCAGGCCGCCAUGGUGCUAAACGAGAUGGUCAGAGGGGCUGCAGGCCUUGCUGUGGUGGCGCAGGGUCAGUGUUUGGACAGUGAAGCUCAGGGACAUGCUGCCUCCAAGGAAGACCUUAAAUCUGCAGUGGCCACCAUCAUGGAAGAGUACACCAGUCUGAGCAACUGGCACCUGGCAACUGUGAGCGAGGAGAGAGAGAGAGACUGUCAGGAUGAGCAGCUGCUCAGCCCAUCCACACUCCUCUCCAUAUCCAACAAAACCACAAACUCUCUGCACUGGAUCCCUUCCUCAUCAGCCUCCCCUCCACACCCAUCGUCCACCUCCACCGUCCACCAGCUCAACAGCAACAUCUGGCAGCUGUGCAUCCAGCUGGAGGGCGUUGCCUGCUUCGCUCAGGCUCUGGGGCCCGACUUCCGCCCCCUGCUGAUGGGCUCGCUGUACGCCGUGCUGGAGAAAGCCGGCGACGAGGCGCUGCUGGUCAGCCAGGCUGCGCUGAACUCCAUGGCGGACGUCCGCCAGGCCUGCGGCUACGGCUCCCUGAAGGAUCUGAUCAACGGGAACUCGGACUACCUCCUCAACGACGUGUCGCUCAACCUGCAGAGGCUCAGCCAGCAUCCACAGGCCCCGCGCGUGUUGACGGUCAUGCUGACUCACUCUGACAGCAGCCUGCUGCCGCUGGUCACCGACAUCGUUCAGGACGUGCUGAUGGCUCUGGAUCUCAGCUACGACCACUCGGCCGGCCUUUUCUGCUCGGUGCUGCACGCUCUCAUGAAGGCCCUGGGAAGGUGGUUUCCUCCCACGUGCAGCAGGAUCGCUAAGUCAUCCGGUUCCAAGCAAGCCCACGCCGAGCUAGACGAUUUCGACAUUCGCCAGUUCCUGCUGGAUUACCGCAAGCAGAAAGACUUGGCAGAGGGUGUCGGGAUAGAGGAGGAUGACACAGAGGAUUUGGAGGUCCCUCCUCCGACAGAGUGCGAGGAUGCGGAAGACACCGGUGGUCCUGAUGUGAAAGAAGAGCUCCCCUUACAUCUCAGUAUUACUAAAGAUGUCAUGGAGCGAUGCAUUCACCUGAUGUCUGACCCAAGCCUCAGGCUCAGGCUCAAGGUGCUGGAUGUCCUGGAGCUGUGUGUGCUGGUAAUGAGUGAGAAGGAAAAUGAGCUGCUGCCCAUGGCUCAUCGCUGCUGGCCAGCCCUUCUGCAGAGACUCACAGCAGAUGACCCAUUAGCCGUCCUCAGAGCCUUCAGGGUGCUGUGUACGCUGGGCGAAACGUGCGGCGACUUUCUGCGGAGGAGGGUUUCAAAAGAGGUCCUUCCCAAGCUGAACUCCUCCCUGGAACGGCAGGCCCCCAUCAGCGCCAAGGCCGGGCCGGUCUACACACACACGCUGGCCUACAAGAUGCAGCUGGCUGUCUUACAGGGCCUGGGCUCCCUGUGCCAGAGGCUGGAUCUGGGUGAAGCAGACCUGGACGCCGUGUGCGAGGCUUGCCUGCCGUACCUGAGCUGCCGACAGCCCGUCAGACUGCAGGAAGCCUGCCUGAGUGUUUUCCGACAUUUAAUCCAGGUGGAUCCGGACACCUUCUGGUUUACCUUAAAUGAGCUGCACUGCCCCUUCCCCUACAUCCCACCCCACCCCGACCUGCUGCCCGUUCAGCUGAACGGGAUGGGCAGACCCAGAGACCAGUACUCGGACAACGUGCUGAAGCUGCUCAGAGAGGAAUUCGGCCCAGAGACUGAAACGGCUGACCAGCCAAACACUUAGCCAGCCUGAUGUGGCCAGCUCGUCUUCCAAACUGACUCCACAACAUGUAAAAAAACUCAAAAGAAACUCUGACGUCUGUUCUGAAAGGAGUGAUCAGAUGGGUGGUUUAUUUCUUUUCUUUCUAAAAAGGCAAAUGUUUGCUUUUUCAUGGGAUCAAAGCAGACAGAUCCUCAACGUGCACUGACAGUACACGCAUGUUUCCUCAUUUCAUCUGCUUGUUUAAUAGGCAUACGUUGCAGAUGGGAAUUUUAUAUUCGCUACUUAUACUUGCUGCCUUUGAUUCUCACUCUUUUUCAUAGGGAUAAAUUUGGCACAUUGUGCUUCAGAAACUACUUCAGAACUUUCCAUUAACUGAAACCAUCUUAUGUCAGAUGUUUUGGAUGUAAUCUGUUUUAAGUGGACACCUUUACAAGAGUUUAUUUCAAAGGACUGUAAAUUCUUAGAUAUAGACAUCUGGAACAUCCCUGAAUGACACCAGUAAGAUGUAAUGUAAUUUAUUUCUCAUUUUCUCGGCUCCACUGUUAUCAGAGUUUCGUCCCGUGUGUACGAUGCAUUCAAAUUACCAUUAUGAGGAAAUAUUUGCAGUUGGUAUAAAAAAUAUCACACAUUGAUGUCUUUUUUCAA